UCCUCUGUCCUGAUCCCGGCAGCAGAGGGACUGGUCCAUAGCUCCGACCUGAACACACUCACUCACUCACACGCUCUCACACACAUACACACAUGCACACACUGAGGAGUCGGAGUGAGUUUGUACUUUUAGAUCAGUGUGCGUCUUCUGUCGUUGUGUGAGGACAAACUGUGUGAGGUGAGGGACAAGCGCUGGACCUCAUCACCUACUUUGUGCUUGCUGGCGUGGAUGUGUUUCCUCCAGCAUCAUGGACGACUGAUUCACGCACUUUACUCAGCCGACAGAUUAUGAAUCAUUCACAGACAAGUGUGGGAUAUGACUCCAGGUGAUAAGGUGAAGGAAGACUUCUGCUCAACAAAGACAAUAGAUGAAUAUUUGCCAUGCUACAUGGGAAGGCUUUGAACUCCACCCUGCUCUUGCUCCUCAUCCCCAUCGUCUUUGUUUCCGCCCAUGGUCGCUCCUACCCCUGGUUUUCCCGCAAUGACACCGAAUUCCAGCACCUGGUCCUCCACCCAGACCCCUCUGUGGGGACGGUGUACGUGGGGGCCAGGGACCACAUCUUUCAGCUGGACGGAUUAGACGGACUCCGGCUGGAACAAGAGGAGCUGACUGGCCCCGUCAGCGACAGCAAAGACUGUCUUCCCCCGGUCACUGAGUUCAACUGUCCUCAGGCCAGGAAAACCAGUAAUCACAACAAACUACUGUUGGUGGACCCUAGGGCGUCGGAGCUGAUCACUUGCGGCAGCGUCCACCAGGGCACCUGCCAGAAACGCAGGCUGUCAUCAAUAAAAAAGGUUCUCUUUUCCACUGAGAGGCCUGUGGAUACUCAGUAUGUUGCGGCCAAUGAUCCAUCCGUGUCAACUGUUGGGCUGGUGGUGGGUUUCCGUGGCGGGGAAAGGACAGUCAUGUAUGUGGGUAGGGGCUACACCGCCAGCCACCCACCCAUCUCAACCCGCCACCUGUCAUCAGUGCCCAUCUUUUCCUACGAGGAGACAGCUAAGCUGGCUGUAGCCGGGCGCCUGUCGGAAUAUGACCACCAUUUUGUGACGGCAUUCGCACGGCGCACAUAUGUGUACUUCUUGUUUUACCGCCGAGACAUCAAGUCUGCAUCUAGGGAGUACCGCACCUACGCCGCCCGAGUGUGCCAGGAUGACACCUCCUACUACUCGUAUGUGGAAGUUCCUCUUGUCUGCCGAUCCCCAACCUCUCCCUCAAGGACAUACAACCUACUCCAGGCAGCCCAGGUGGGACAAGGUGCAGGCCAGCAAGGCGAGGAUCUGCUGGGAGUCUUCUCCACCCACAUCAGCUCCAUAAACAACAGUCCCUUGGAUGCCUCGGCCCUGUGCGUUUACCCUCUGGAUGAGCUUGACCGACACAUUGACUCCACCCGUGACCUCUGCUACACCCAGGAUGGGCUGGUGGAGGGAAAAGGAGAGGUGGCCUACAUAGAGUACGAGGUCAAGUCCAGCUGUGCCAACCUGCCCCUGAAUACCCUAAAGGCGUAUCCCUGUGGCUCUGACCACACCCCGAGUCCAAUGGCGAGCCGGGUACCUCUGGAAGCUAAAAGCGCGUGGCACACCUCAUCUGUCCAUCUCACUGCUGUGGCCGUCAGUGUCAGAGAUGGACACAGCAUCGCCUUCCUAGGAGACGCCAAAGGGACUCUACACAAGGUGUAUCUUGGUCGAGAUGGCAGGGUGGAGGUGUAUGCCAACUCAACCAUUCAUCCCAACUCACCCAUUAACAGUGACCUGCUGUUGGAUCCGAAUGGAGCACACAUCUACAUCAUGACCAAAACCAAUGUAGAGAAGCGCCCGGUGGCAGAAUGUGGAGAUCACCUCGACUGUCAGUCCUGUCUGUCUGCUAAAGACCCCUACUGUGGCUGGUGUGUCCUGGAGGGAAGGUGUGGCCAGCAGUGGGAGUGUCAGCGAGGGUCCCAGCAGGGCCAGUGGUUGUGGAGUUUCAACCAGACGCAGCAGUGCCUCAGUAUUCAGCACCUCAGCCUCUACAACAUCAGCCGCGGGGAGAAAACUGAUAUUACAGUGUCAGUCGCUGGUCUCCCCAGUCUAGGAGAUGUAGAGUCCUACUCUUGCUUCUUCCAGGACACAGAAAGUCAAGCUUCGCUCACUAACACUGGUGUCACAUGCUCCACCCCCGAUGCCAGCAGCCUCCCCCCCAUUGGCUACGGAGAUGAAUUUGUGAUGGUGACCCUGUCACUACGUUUCAUCAAUGUGACGGUGGCAGAGACAGAAUUCACCUUCUACAACUGCAGCUUGGUUCAGGAGCUCUCGGGACGCAGGCCAUGCAAAGGGUGCGUGAGCAGUCACUGGGGGUGUAACUGGUGCAUCCACCAGCACAUCUGCACACACCAACGCACCUGCAGCCACGGAGUCACCAUCUACAACCAGAAUUUCAAACCGCCGACACCCACCAUCCCACCACCCACCAGAAAACUGACCCCUCUACCCCCUACUGCACGGGCUGCUACAACACCAUCCAGCCCCACAACAACAACAACAGCAACAACAACAGCAACAACAACAGCAACAACCACAAUAGCACAGCCACCACCCACAGAGAUACCUCCCCCAACCACAGCAGCUGCCCCUUCAGUUGCCACCACCACAGUGACAUCACCCACCAGCCUUAAUGCUGAGUCUGCAGACCCCCUUACCCUGGCCACAACUUCCCCCGUUGUCAGGACACAGGUCACCACCGUACACACCGAUGUCACGACCCUAGACGGGUCCCUUUCUGAUGUGGAGAGAGCGACAGAGGGAGAUGGUGCCCCCACAAGAGGCUUAACAGAGAAUGACUUAAAUCUCACUGAUCUAACUGCAUUACCCAGCGGUACUGGUGGCCAGGUAGACCCUGAGCUGAGACUCUUAGAGCUGUCUGGCGAAGCAGUGGGCUCUUCCUCAGAUGUGAGUUCAACUACGUCCAGCGAAGUGGCUCUUGUAAUAGACCUAUCUGUUAAUGACAGUAAGGACUCUAAAGAGACUGACUCACCUGCAUGGUUGACUGAGUUGGAGAAGCCAGAGGGAGACACUGAGGUGGAGCCUGCAACAACUUAUGUUGCGGAUGGCAGCGAACACUUGGUCGUCUAUACACAAUCACCACAAACCGUUGUUGACCCAGACUCUGGUUCUGAAACAGACUACCAGUCCGAUUCUACGACUGAUUCUUUUUUUCUGGAAUGUCCGUGUGUGGAGAAGGUUCAGGACUCCUCCCUGCUCCCUGUCAAUGUGGAGAGGAAAAUCACUCUGGUGGGACAACAUCUAAACCUGUUUCAGGACGGGGACUUGUCCUACGAGUGUGUGUUGGACGUGGAGAAUCAGUCGGUGGUGGUGGACGCUGCAGUAGAGCCGCAUGCUACCCAGCCAUCAGUCUUCUUUAUCACCUGCCAGCCGCACCAGUACGCCUACUCUGUCUUGUUGGAGGAAUACCCAGCCAUGAUCAACGUGCGGAGAAAAAACAACUUCCUCAUCGACAGCGCUGAGGAUCUGUACGUGACUCUCUUCAACUGUUCAGUGGGGCGGUCGGACUGUAGCCGAUGUCGGACGGCUGACCCUAAGUAUGGCUGCGUGUGGUGUGGCGGUGCUGCCAGCUCUCGCUGUGUCUACCAGGACUCCUGCACAGAUGAGAUCAAACACACCUGCCCUGCACCUGUCAUUCACUUUUUGGACCCAGUUUCCGGCCCCGUGGAGGGAGGCACAGUCGUGACUAUUUCAGGCUCCAACCUCGGCCAGAGGGCUGAAGACAUCCAGAGCUCUGUCAAAGUGGCCGGGUUUCCCUGCAGCGUCAUCCACAGCCGAUACGAAGUCUCCUCAAGAAUCGUGUGUGAGACAACAAGAAGCAGAGGAGAGACGAGCGGCCAGGUGUCAGUCAAAGUGAGGGGAGGAGGUGUCGGGCUGUCGGCUCAGAUCUUCAGCUUCCAGGAUCCUGUACUGAACAGCAUCUUCCCCGAGAGAGGACCCAAGGCCGGGGGUUCGCUUCUGACCAUCAGAGGCCGCAGGCUGAGGACUGGACACCCGAGUGAGGUCAGCGUCCUGAUUGGCGGAGUCCCCUGUAUGGUGCUGAACAUCCGGGAGGAUCAGAUCAGCUGUCUGACCAAAGGCAGCAACAGAACCGGAGAACACAGCGUCACUGUGCGGUUUGGUGGGGCAGAGCGCCACCUGAAGGGUUUGGUGUAUCAUUACACCCCCAACCCAAACAUCACAACGGCAGCGCCAACAAGAAGCUUUUUCAGUGGAGGCCGAAUCAUCAGAGUUUCUGGUCAGAACCUGGAUGUGGUCCAAGAACCAAAAAUGAGAGUGACCCUCAGUCCUCCGGAUACCCUCCCUCCCAGGAGGAGAAGGAGCUUCAGUAGGAGGAAGGAAGGAAGAAAAGAUCACCACGGUCCUGUGAAGAGAUGGAGGAGGAUCGUCCCGGACACAGACUGCCCUCAGGGUGCACUCUGUCAUGUCAAACAGUACGAGUCUCGCUGCACAGUGAACAGCUCCUCCCUCAUCUUGUGUCCGACACCGGAAGUGGGACCAGAGGCCAGGAGAGCCAGGGUCAAAGUUCAUUUCUUGCUAGACAGCCUCCAUUUUGACUUUAGCGCUGUGGCAAAUGAAGCCUUCAGCUAUGAGUCCAACCCAGAUCUCUACCCGCUGACCCAGAACGACCCCAGCAAACCGUAUCACCACAAACCUGGCAGCAUCAUCUCUGUAGAGGGAGAGAACCUGGAUCUGGCCAUCAACAAGCAUGAGGUGGAGGCUCGGAUAGGGGAGGGGAUUUGUGCCGUGAAAACCUUGACCCACAACCACUUGUACUGUGAACCACCAGCCCAGCAGCCUUCACUGGCUGCCGGCAAGAAACAGGACGGCAUGGACAGUCUGCCUGAAUUCACUGUGAGAAUGGGGAACCUGAACUUCUCACUGGGCAGAGUGCAGUACGACAGCCAGGCCCAGUCCACGUUUCCUCUGGAAGCCCAGGUGGGAGUCGGGGUCGGGGCCUCCAUAGUGGCUAUGAUUGUGCUCAUCAUUGUGCUCAUAUACAGGAGAAAGAGCAAACAGGCCAUGAGGGACUAUAAGAAGGUGCAGAUUCAGCUGGAGAACCUGGAGACCAGUGUGAGGGACCGCUGUAAGAAGGAGUUUACAGACCUGAUGACCGAGAUGAUGGACAUGUCCAGUGAUUUGGUGGGCUCGGGGAUUCCCUUCCUGGAUUACCGGGUGUAUGCCGAACGCAUUUUCUUCCCCGGCCACCAGGAGUCGCCACUGAGGCGAGAUCUGGAUGUUCCAGAGAGUCGGAGGCAGACUGUGGAGCAGGGGCUGGUUCAGCUGUCCAACCUGCUCAACAGUAAACUGUUUCUCACCAAGUUUAUUCACACGCUGGAGGUGCAGCGGACGUUUUCCCCCAGGGAUCGGGCGUACGUGGCCUCUCUGCUCACUGUAGCCCUGCAUGGUAAACUAGAGUACUUCACAGACAUCCUGAAGACGCUGCUUAACAAUCUGGUGGAGCAGUACGUGGCCAAGAACCCCAAACUGAUGCUCAGGAGAACUGAAUCUGUUGUCGAGAAGCUCCUGACGAACUGGAUGUCCAUUUGUCUCUUCACCUUCCUGAGGGAAUCAGCAGGGGAGUCGUUCUACAUGCUGUUUAGAGCGAUAAAGCACCAGGUGGACAAGGGACCUGUGGACGCUGUGACGGGAAAAGCCAAGUACACACUGAACGACAACCGGCUGCUACGAGAGGACGUGGAGUACCGCACGCUGACGCUAAAUGUUGUGAUGCCAGCUGCAGCUGUCAGCGGAGGCACCCUCACCCAGACGGUACCUGCCAAAGUCCUGGACUGUGACACCAUCACCCAAGUGAAGGAGAAGCUCCUGGAGCAGGCCUGGAAGGGAACCUCCUUCUCCCAGAGGCCACACGUUGACUCGUUACAUCUCGAGUGGCGUGCAGGUGUUGCAGGUCACCUAAUCCUCUCAGACGAGGACCUGACGUCUGUAGUGCAAGGCUCGUGGAAGCGCCUCAAUACACUGCAACACUACAAGGUCCCUGAUGGAGCCACGGUCGCCCUCGUCCCCAGAAACACCAAACAUCACCUCCACGACAGCCAUGACUACAUGCCUGGAGAAAAGACCCCUAUGCUGGAUGACGGGGAGGAGGGAGGAGUGAGGCUCUGGCAUCUGGUGAAAGCCAAUGAGGAGUCCGAGCUGCCCAAACACAGGAGAGGAAGUGUGAGGGAGAGGGGCGGGGAGAGAGCCAAGGCCAUCCCCGAGAUCUACCUCACACGACUGCUCUCCAUGAAGGGAACGCUGCAGAAGUUUGUGGAUGAUUUAUUCACUGCGAUCCUCAGCACCAGUCGUCCCGUACCUCUGGCUGUCAAAUACUUUUUCGACUUGCUGGAUGAGCAGGCGCUGCAGCACAACAUAACGGACCCCGAGACCAUCCACAUCUGGAAAACCAACAGUUUACCUCUGCGUUUCUGGAUCAACAUCCUUAAGAACCCACAGUUCAUCUUUGACGUGCAGACUUCAGACCAUGUGGAUGCUGUGCUGUCCGUCAUUGCCCAAACCUUCAUGGACUCUUGCACCAUCGCCGACCACAAACUGGGGCGGGACUCUCCCAUCAACAAGUUGCUGUAUGCCAGAGACAUCCCACGCUACAAACAGAUGGUGGAGAGGUAUUACGCAGACAUACGUCAGACCAUCUCUGCCAGUGACCAGGAGAUGAACUCCACUCUAGCAGAACUCUCCCAUAAUUACGCUGCUGAGGUCAACUCCCUGGUGGCUUUACACGAGCUGUAUAAGUACAUCAACAAAUACUAUGAUCAAAUCAUCACAGCGCUAGAAGAGGACCCCACGGCUCAGAAGAUGCAGCUUGGCUACAGGCUGCAGCAGAUCGCUGCCGCUGUAGAAAACAAAGUCACCGACUUGUGACUCGAUGGACUCUUCCUAUAACCUUGAGGAGAGGACAGUGGUGAAACAACGAUCUGUCUCCUGGAGAGAAAAAGUUAGAAGAAGACAUUGAGGGCACAUUUUGUGAUUCUUCUGUCAUUUCUGACGUACUGACUGUAUGUGAAGUGAGAAAUUAUCUGAAGAGGAUCACUGACGCCAGCCAUGUUUAUUACUCCCUACACAUUUCCAAGGGAGUUAUUAAAAAGCACAGCUGUGAAGAGAAAAAAAGGACAAAAUGGGAACUGAAGCUCAUGGAAACAGAAACUUCCUCUGAACUUUGACACCUCUCCUCGUAAGGAUUUCACACGAUGACUUUAAACUCAACGGAGACGGAUAUCAACAUAGAUCUUUCCCCUCUUCCUCUGACUCCAUGAAUCAUGGCGAACAUGUUCACAACAGGGUUUUUAUUUUAGAGCUGAGGAACGGACGCUGCGGAUGGGCUGGUUGGGAAAACCCGGGAACGAGGAGGAAAAGGGAAAGAAGGAGUCGAACUUUAACUUAACUGUGGAACUUCUACCACGUUACGUGAAAAGUCUUAAACAAUGGAUGAAACAGAUAAUGACACUGUCAGAAUGCCUUUUUUUAUUCUGCUUUUAACUUCCUUAAAUCAUUCUACCAAGUCUUACUCUGUGAGGUCACUCAGCUGUUGUUGGACAGUUUGUUGCUUCGUGGAAGUGUUUUCCAGAAUACAGGUAGUUUUUAAUCUUGUCACUAGUUACUGUAAUUAACAGAUCUGGCCUUGUGUAGUCUAAACUGAAAACCAGAGUUGACUUUAUUGUGAGGACCUGCUACAUCUAGCUUUCUUCUCACGCUGACCCACUGCUAUUGUGAAUCUUCUCCUUGUUGAUGAAAGUUUUUUUUAUAUGUUUGACCUGAGACAGUUUGGCUGAGCUGCUCAUUCUCCACUCAUGAACUGAUCCGUCCUGAAGGAAACCAUGCAAUCUUUAACUUUAACAACAUGCUGACAAAACCAAUCAUUUCCCACCAUAAACGUGAAAAACGAUGGAUCUUAUCACCCACAAAAGACCAAGCCUGACUUAUUACGAGAUAAAUGCACAGAUAAAUAAUAAUGCACAAAGAAAUUGACUCCAGAUUGUUUAUUUUAUCUUUCUCUGCCAAUUAAAGUAUUGUGUCAGACAUACUCCGGUAUCAGUACAAAAAAUAUGACAUUAGACAAGCGUGGGAAAAUAUGAUUUUCUUACCGAUGAAUCAUAAAUCCCGAAGGUUACUGUGGUAAAAUAACAUUGAAUCUAACAACAUAAGUUUACAGUUAUUUCAUAUAUGUGUUUUAUAGUAGAUGCUUUUCAGUUGCCAUGUCCAAUUUAUUUAAUUUAAGUUUGGACUGAUCUUUUUCAUAUUUCAUUACAACAUGUUUGUUACUGUCUAUCAUACGUUGUAACUUUGGAUUUACGUUUAUUCACGCAGCUCCGUCUCCAGUGAACGGUCAGCUCCUCCUCGUGGUCACUUGUCUGUUUUGCAGCUGAUUCAGCUCCACGUGUAUAUUUAGUUUGUAAUUGUGACCAAGAGCCAUCGGUGUAAAGGUCUGGGGGUUUUUUCAGGGUGAAGUAAAUGAAGGAAGCGUCUGUUAGCAGAACUGCUGCAAGGUGUCUGGUUUUCACAAAAACAUUUCACACUGACAACAAAAGAUGUGCCCUUAUUUUGAGCUUUAAUUUGCAUUCAUGUAUUAGAAGUGAGAGCAGAUGGCAGAUUUUAGUAGUGCAAAGCUUUUAUUCUUAAUCCUAAACAAAAUAAAGUCGCUCAUUUUCUCGCAAGACCAUAAAUCCGUCAAUGUGGCGAAUAAACAAAGGUGCCUCUGUUCCCAGUUUCUCUGCCAUUAAAGACUUUUCCUAGUUUUUGUUUUUUUUCAAUUUAAUUUAUUGUCUAUUUAUUUUAUUGCAUAUGUUGUUUGUUAUCAUUUUUCAGACAUAGAUAAAUAAUAAUAAAACAUAAUAAUGGUUUCAUGUCCCUCUCUUUCAGAUGUUACAUCUGCAUUCUUUUUUAUUUCUUUAAAGAAAAGUAAAAAGUUAUCUUUGGACCUCAUGGUUUGUUUAUAUCUGCCGAUCAAGUCAAGUCAAAAUCAAAGUUUCAGUUUUAUAUGUUGCAUCCAUUUUAGAGGGAGAAGAGGAAUAUGAUUUGUAAAGUUGUACAUUAAAAAGAAAGAUUGUCAAGAUUGUUUGCUGUGCUCACUUCUGAUGAUUUACCAUUUCUCUGUGCUGUAGUAACAAACUCCAGUAACACCCCAGUAAUCAUGACUUUGCUGAUCUCUGACUAAUUGAUAGGAUGAACCUAUUAACAACUUAAUAUGAUGCAAUAAAGUGGUCCCAGUGUAAA